AUGCGAUUGUUGUUGAGUUUGGGGAACAAAGAAAGCAGGAUUGGAGGAGUUUUAGGGUUUGAGGAAAAUAAUAUAUCAAAUUUUAGAAUUGCUCAAUAUGAUAACUUUGAGGUUAGAAUAGCUCAAUUUGAUAAUUUUGAGGUUAGAAUUGCUCAAUAUGAUAACUUUGAGGUUAGAAAAGCUCAAUUUCAUAACUUCGAGGUUAGAAUUGCUCAAUAUGAUAACUUUGAGGUUAAAAAAGCUCAAUUACAUAACGUUGAGGUUAGAAAAGCUCAAUUUCAUAACUUUGAGGUUAGAAUAGCUCAAUUUGAUAACUUUGAGGGUAAAAAAGCUCAAUUACAUAACUUUGAGUUUAGAAAAGCUCAAUUUCAUAACUUUGAGGUUAGAAUAGCUCAAUUUCAUAACUUUAAGGUUAGAAUAGCUCAAUUUGAUAACUUUGAGGGUAAAAAAGCUCAAUUACAUAACUUUGAGUUUAGAAAAGCUCAAUUUCAUAACUUUGAGGUUAGAAUUGCUCAAUUUGAUAAUUUUGAGGUUAAUAUUCCUAAGAAUGAUACUUUUGAGGUUAGAAUUCUUCAAUUUGAUAACUUUGAGGUUGGAAUUCUUCAUUUCGAUAAUUUUGAGGUACUGCUUAUUCACUCAACAGUUUUGAGUCAUCUAGGCGAUGAUGAUGAUGUUGAUGACUUUUAUGUCACAUAAACAUUUUUCUCACUUUUUUUCCAUUUCUUUUCUAUCUCAUUGACUAUUUAUAGGUUGUUGUUACAUGACUAAUUGCUGUUUAAUAUGUAACACAUAGAAAAGUAGUCAGUUAAGGGUUAUUGACAUCAGGAAGUGCGAAUGGAUGUUUGAUUUUCAAUUGAUUGAUUCGGAAUAAAAAAUCAUCGGAUUGGUGAGUAGAUUUGAGAAUUAAGGAGUACAUAGCUUAGAACAUUGAGGUACGCGUAUUUGACUUCUUGAGUAAACAGCUUUGAUUUUUAGUGAACAAAACUUUGAAUCUUUGGGUAUGCAGUUUUUUACCUAUGU